UCUGCCCCCUCCCCUCCGCUUCCCCCUCUUUGCCAACCAGCUGGGAGGGGAGGCCGGGCCGGGGCUGAGCGUGGUGACACCUGCACUGCUGGCGCGCUGCUCCCCUCCGCCCCUUUCCAGAUGUUCCUUGGCAUCAGGCUGUCGCUUCCCGCCUGGGAACGAGCACUCCGCUUGGAAUCGGGGCCGGGCUUCAGACCGUGGCCCUGCCACUCCUGUGUUCAAGUCCGCAAGCCUCCGUUUCCGCCUUGCCUCACCUUUCCUGAAGAUAAAUAUGGCACAGAAAAAAAUAGAAAAGAAAUGGACAUUUGUUGAGCUCCUGCGUGGCCACGUACUAUGCAAACCGCUUCUAUCUGCCACGUUCAGUCCUGGUUCCGUGGGUUAGCACUCCCAUUGCACAUAUGCUAACCUCCCAGAGUUGGACUGAGUUUUCUCACGUGUCCAUGGAAGGGCAGGGGAGGAUUCAAGCGGAGCGGUUUGACCUCAAAGUGGGUUUCUUUUCGUCAGACGCUUCCUUUGGGCUAUUGGCUGUUCUGCAGCCAAACCCUAGGCCCAGAACAGCUGUUUCCUGAAUUUCUACUUUUAAGAAUGCUCCUUUUCGGGUUCCCUUUUCCAGCACAGUAUGCUCCCCACUUCCGCCUUGAUUGCUUCAGAAAUUAAAUGCAGCAAACAUUCGCUGCGUGGUGCAGGGCGGUGAGCGCUUGGAGUCGAGAGCCUUGGAUUCUUGUCCUGGCUCUGCCACUGUCCGUGGUGGUGGGCGCGGCCCUGGUCUCCUGGGUGCUUUAGCUUCCCUUUGAGGAACAUGGGUAAGUGCCUUCUGCCUGGCAGGCUCUUGCCCAGUUCUCCCUUCCUGUGCUCCAGCAGGUUUCCCGUGGAGGCCCAGACCCCUCUGCUCCCCAUGGGCAGCUGUCAGGCAGGGCUACAACCUGCUCUCUGUCUGGCCCACCACCCACCUCUGGUCUGUGCCACUUUGAUCCUGCUGCUGCUUGGCCUCUCUGGCCUGGGCCUUGGUGGCUUCCUUCUCACUCACAGGACUGGCCUGCGCAGCCCUGACAUCCCUCAGGACUGGGUCUCCUUCUUGAGAUCUGUCGGCCAGCUGACCCUGUGCCCCACGACUGCGACAGUCACAGGGACGUGGCACGGGUCCCACGUGGUGGGCUUGCUGACCACCUUGAACUUCGGAGAUGGUCCAGGCAGGAACAAGACAAAGACAUUUCAAGCCACGGUGCGGGGUAGUCAGAUGGGAUUGAAAGGAUCUUCUGCAGGAGAGCUGGUCCUCGUUACAGCCAGGGUGACCACGGAAAGGACCCCAGGAAUCUGCCUGUAUUUUAGUGCUGUCCCAGGACUCCUGCCCUCCAGCCAGCCACCCAUCUCCUGCUCAGAGGAAGGAGUAGGAAAUGCCACCCUGAGCCCUAGGAUGGCUGAGGACUGUGUCCGGGUCUGGAGCCAGGAAGGCCUUGCGCUCACCAAACUGCUCACCUCGGAGGAGCUGGCCCUGUGUGGCUCCAGGCUGCUGGUUUUGGGCUCCUUCCUGCUUCUCUUCUGUGGCCUUCUUUGCUUUUUUACUGCUGUGUGCUUCCACCCUCGUCGAGAGUCCUACUGGUCUAGAACCCGGCUCUGAGAGCACUGGUCUGGUUCCUGUCUUGUUCUCAGGUGUGAAUCAACUUCUUGGGCCUUGGUUCUGAGUUGGAAGAGAUGUUACAGAAAGUGGAGAGCAAAAAUGUGGGGAGAAAUAAAUGGAUUUUUUUUUUUCCCCCAA